AUGUCUCCAUCCCAGCGUGUCUCACUCGACCCCCGGCGAAAGCAAAUCCCAGGCACCCUGGUCCUGAACUGGCAAUCGCCCGAAACACGGAAUAAAAAACCACUGGCUCGACGUCCCAUGACAGCUUGUCAAGCCUGUCGCACCGCCAAGGCUAAAUGUAGCGGACUACGACGCUGCGAGCGAUGUAAAUCCCGCGGGUUGCGUUGCUCAUAUGCUUCAUCAACUUCACAGACAAGGAGUGACGAUGCAAAUGAUAAUGAAUCAAAUGGCAAUAUCAGAGCGGGCGCGAGCACAACGACGAUAUCUCCAAAUGAUGAAGUGAUAUCCGAUUCUGUCGCUACACCGUUCCCUACAGAUGCAAUGCCCGUCGACUUCCCCGAUAUCUUUACCAACAGCGGUGAAGACCACACUCCUCCCAGCCACGCAAUGGAGCAGACAUUCACCCAAGCCCUUGAGCAAUUUGACUGGGUUUUUCCCGGAGAUAUCUGCCUCCCCUCUCCCAACCCACCCAUAUCCCCACCCCCAAACCCCCUCCCCUUCUUCUCACAACACCCACAACAACACCCACAACCCCAGCCCCAACAGCAACAAGGAACAGAGACAUCAAAACCCCACUGCCCCUGCCGCCCAUCCCUCCUCCACCAAAUCCCCCUCCUCGAAGCCACUCUCCAAAACCACCCUCCACCCCCCCUGGACAAAAUCCUCCACCACGCCCAUUCCAUAAUCCAGGCCUGCCAAACAGCCACCCAGUGCAGGUCUUGCCCGACCAGCCCCGUCGAUCUCGUCUACAUCAUGACCAUCUUCGAGCAAACAGCCACGUGCUUCGACCUGAUCACCAAGUCCGGUGUCAAUGAUGUCGUGAAAGUAGGGAUUGGGAGUUACUGCGUCUCGAGGACGGAUGACGAUGGGGCGCUGAAGAGGGUGUUGGUGGGGGAUUUGGUGAGGAGGGCGAGGGGGUUUCUGGAUGGGAUGGAGGGGUUGGCUCUGGGGGUGGGGGAGAGUGAGAAUGGAGGAUCUGGAGGGACUGGGAAGAGGGGCGUUAUGGGACGGUCGCCACGGUGUUUGAAUCAAUUAAAUUUGGAGUAUGUGAGGGUUGCGAGUGAGAGUUUUCGGAAACUGUUUGGAGUUAUGGAGGGAGUAUUUGGGGAUACAAGUGCAUAG